AGAGGGAAGAAACAAGAUGGCGGCUGAAGGCGAUCCGGAGUGGGGCCCCAGCAAUUCGGAUUGAGCCUUCUCCCUCCACCCGCUUCCGCCGGCCGGGCCCCUCCCGCCCGGCCCCGCGGGCCUCCCCACCCGGUCCCGGCGCCCCCCACCGCCACCCCUCCGCCCGCCCCUCCCCCCUCCGCUUUCCCUUCUCCCCCCGCCUCGGCUCCGACAUGAGGGGCCGGCGGGGCAGGCCGCCCAAGCAGCCCGCGGCUCCCGCUGCGGAGCGCUGCGCCCCGGCCCCGCCGCCGCCGCCGCCGCCCACGUCCGGACCCAUCGGGGGGCUCCGCUCGCGGCACCGCGGCAGCAGCCGGGGCAGGUGGGCCGCCGCCCAGGCUGAGGUGGCGCCCAAGACGCGGCUGAGCUCGCCCAGGGGGGGCAGCAGUAGCCGGAGGAAGCCGCCGCCGCCGCCGGCCCCCCCUAGCACCAGCGCCCCGGGCCGGGGGGGGCGAGGAGGCGGGGGCGGCAGGACGGGGGGCGGGGGCGGCGGCGGCCACCUGGCCCGGACCACCCCGGCCCGGAGGGCCGUCAACAAAGUGGUGUACGAUGACCACGAGAGCGAGGAGGAGGAGGAGGAGGAGGACAUGGUCUCCGAGGAGGAGGAGGAGGAGGAGGACGGCGAGGCUGAGGAGACCCAGGAUUCUGAGGACGACGAGGAGGAUGAGAUGGAAGAGGACGACGAUGACUCCGAUUAUCCGGAGGAGAUGGAAGACGACGACGACGACGACGCCAGUUAUUGCACGGAAAGCAGCUUCAGGAGCCAUAGCACCUAUAGCAGCACUCCAGGUAGGCGAAAACCAAGAGUACAUCGGCCUCGUUCUCCAAUAUUGGAAGAAAAAGACAUCCCACCCCUUGAAUUUCCCAAGUCCUCUGAGGAUUUAAUGGUGCCUAACGAGCAUAUAAUGAAUGUUAUUGCCAUUUAUGAGGUACUGCGGAACUUUGGUACAGUUUUAAGGUUAUCUCCUUUUCGCUUUGAGGACUUUUGUGCAGCUCUGGUGAGUCAAGAGCAGUGCACACUUAUGGCGGAGAUGCACGUUGUGCUUUUGAAAGCAGUUUUGCGUGAAGAAGACACUUCCAAUACUACCUUUGGACCUGCCGAUCUGAAAGAUAGCGUGAAUUCCACGCUGUAUUUCAUCGAUGGCAUGACGUGGCCAGAGGUGCUGCGGGUGUACUGUGAGAGUGACAAGGAGUACCAUCAUGUUCUUCCUUACCAAGAAGCAGAGGACUAUCCUUAUGGACCAGUAGAGAACAAAAUCAAAGUUCUGCAGUUCUUAGUCGAUCAGUUUCUUACCACAAACAUUGCUCGUGAGGAGUUGAUGUCUGAAGGGGUGAUCCAGUACGAUGACCACUGUAGGGUUUGUCACAAACUCGGGGAUUUGCUUUGCUGUGAGACCUGCUCAGCAGUGUACCAUUUGGAAUGUGUGAAGCCGCCUCUCGAGGAGGUGCCAGAGGAUGAGUGGCAGUGUGAAGUCUGUGUAGCACAUAAGGUUCCUGGUGUGACUGACUGCGUUGCUGAAAUCCAAAAAAACAAACCAUAUAUUCGACAUGAACCUAUUGGAUAUGACAGAAGUCGGAGGAAAUACUGGUUCUUAAACCGAAGACUCAUAAUAGAAGAAGAUACAGAAAAUGAAAAUGAAAAGAAAAUUUGGUACUACAGCACAAAGGUCCAGCUUGCAGAAUUAAUUGACUGUCUAGACAAAGAUUACUGGGAAGCAGAACUCUGCAAAAUUCUAGAAGAAAUGCGUGAAGAAAUCCACCGGCACAUGGACAUAACUGAAGACCUGACCAAUAAGGCUCGGGGCAGUAAUAAAUCCUUCCUGGCAGCAGCUAAUGAAGAAAUUUUGGAAUCUAUAAGAGCCAAAAAAGGAGACAUUGAUAUUGUUAAAAGUCCAGAAGAAAUAGAAAAGGAGAAAAAUGAGACUGAGAAUAAUAACUCCAAAGAUGCUGAGAAAAGCAGAGAGGAGUUUGAAGACCAGAGUCUUGAAAAAGACAGUGAUGACAAAAUGCCAGAUGACCUCGAUCCUGAGCAAGGAAAAACUGAGGAGCCAACAGAAGUUGGGGAUAAAGGUAACUCUGUGUCAGCAAAUCUUGGCGACAACACAGCAAAUGCUUCUUCAGAAGAGACUAGUCCCUCUGAGGAAGGGAGGAGUCCCGUGGGGUGUCUCUCAGAAACCCAUGAUAGCAGCAACAUGGCAGAGAAGAAGGUGGCAUCUGAGCUCCCCCAGGAUGUGCCAGAAGAACCUAACAAGACAUGUGACAGCAGUAACACUAGUGCUACCACUACCUCCACCCAGCCUAAUCUGGAAAACAGUAACAGCAGCAGUGAACUAAAUUCUUCCCAGAGUGAAUCUGCUAAGGCAGCUGAUGAUCCUGAAAAUGGAGAAAGAGAAUCUCAUACACCUGUCUCUAUUCAAGAAGAGAUAGACAGGCUUUCCCCAAGUGGCAGGGAAGAUGGCAUCAGCAGUUUGUAUUCAUAUCUUUCCAAGGUCUGUGACCCAAAGGCAAGGCCCCUACUCCUGCUCCAAAUCAAAAGUCCUGGAGGAAGGAAUUUGAGUGGCCUCUCUUGGACAUAUUGUUCCUACUCCUGUGGCCAGGGCAGGCAAGGUGAUUUCAAAUCAGAGAAGUCUAAUGGGGAAAUAAGUGAGUCUCCUGGAGGUGGAAGAGGAGCGUCUGGUUCAACUCGGAUUAUCACCAGGUUACGGAAUCCAGACAGCAAACUGAGUCAGCUGAAGAGCCAACAGGUGGCAGCCGCAGCCCACGAAGCGAAUAAAUUAUUUAAGGAGGGGAAAGAGGUACUGGUAGUUAAUUCUCAAGGAGAAAUUUCACGGUUGAGCACCAAAAAGGAAGUGGUCAUGAAGGGAAAUAUCAACAAUUAUUUUAAGUUGGGUCAAGAGGGGAAGUAUCGCGUCUACCACAAUCAGUACUCCACCAAUUCAUUUGCUUUGAAUAAGCACCAGCACAGAGAAGACCAUGAUAAGAGAAGGCAUCUUGCACAUAAAUUCUGUCUGACUCCAGCUGGAGAGUUCAAAUGGAAUGGUUCUGUCCAUGGAUCCAAAGUUCUUACCAUAUCUACUCUGAGACUGACUAUCACCCAGUUGGAAAACAAUAUCCCUUCCUCCUUUCUUCAUCCCAACUGGGCUUCACACAGGGCAAAUUGGAUCAAGGCCGUUCAGAUGUGUAGCAAACCCAGAGAAUUUGCAUUGGCUUUAGCUAUCUUGGAGUGUGCAGUUAAACCAGUUGUGAUGCUGCCAAUCUGGCGGGAAUCUUUAGGACAUACCAGGUUACAUAGAAUGACAUCAAUUGAAAGAGAAGAAAAGGAGAAAGUCAAAAAAAAAGAGAAAAAACAAGAAGAGGAAGAAACAAUGCAACAAGCUACAUGGGUAAAAUAUACGUUUCCAGUUAAACAUCAGGUUUGGAAACAAAAAGGAGAGGAAUACAGAGUAACAGGAUAUGGUGGUUGGAGCUGGAUUAGUAAAACUCAUGUUUAUAGGUUUGUUCCUAAAUUGCCAGGCAAUACUAAUGUGAAUUACAGAAAGUCAUUAGAAGAAACUAAAAAUAAUAUGGAUGAAAAUAUGGAUGAAUCAGAUAGAAGAAAAAGUCCACGAAGUCCAAAAAAAAUAAAAACAGAGUCUGAUUCUGAGAAAGGCGAGGUAAAAGAUUCAGAUGCUACAAAAGGAGCAGACCAAAGUGAAAUGGACAUUUCAAAGGUUACUGAGAAGAAGGACCAAGAUGUAAAAGAAGUUUUAGACUCUGACAAUGAUAAAUCCUUUAAGGAAGAACCGAUGGAAAUAGAUGGUGAUGUGAAAAUAGAGUCACAUAUAAAUUGUCAGGAAAGUUCUCAAGUAGAUGUGGUCAAUGUCAGUGAGGGUUUUCAUCUAAGGACUAGUUAUAAAAAGAAAAUCAAAUCAUCCAAACUAGAUGGACUCCUUGAAAGGAGAAUUAAACAGUUUACACUGGAAGAAAAGCAACGCCACGAGAAAAUGAAGUUGGAGGGUGGAAUUAAGGGUAUAGGAAAGACCUCCACAAGUUCUUCGAAAAGUCUGUCUGAAUCACCAGUAAUAACAAAAGUAAAAGAAGGGUGUCAAAGUGACUUGCUUGCACAAGAACAGAGCUCUAAUGCAAGUAACGAUAAAUCUGAAGACUUGAUUCGGGGAUGUUCACAAAAUGAUUCCUCAAUUCUUGGAAUCAGUGAUUCUGAUCAUACAACAAACAAACUUUAUUCAAAAGAUCAAAUGCUAGAUGAUGCCUCCAUUCAGAGCGCAGAGACAAACUGUCAGAAACAAAAUUCUGUUCGAAAUGACGUAGAUGAGAGUCUCUCUGACCCUGCCAGUAAAGGCCAGGAACCCAGUAAGAUUAAAACAAAAGGAAGUGAUUUUCUCAUUGAUGACGCUAAACUAGCCAGUGCAGAUGAAAUUGGUACUUUGAUCUAUAAGAACAAAAAACCACUCAUACAGGAAGAUAAUGACACCAUUGUGUCUCCUUCCCAGAGCCCUUUACUUCCAUCAGUACCUAAAAGUACUGAUGAUAGAGAUAUCCCAUCUCUGUCAAAAGCAAUAGACUUUGAAGGAAAAUUGGGAUGUGAUUCUGAAUAUAAUAGCACUUUGGAAAAUAGUUCUGAUACUAUGUCUAUUCAAGACAGCAGUGAAGAAGAUAUGAUUGUUCAGAAUAGCAGUGAAAGUAUUUCUGAACAGUUAAUAACUCAAGAACAAGGUAGUGAAGGCUUAGAACCAUUGAAACAUGAGUUUGUUUCAGAUAAGACCCCUGGAAACUGUGACGACAGGCUGCAAGCUAAGGUAAAUGAAGCAAAUGGUAAAAAACCAAGUCAAGAUCAGAAAUUAGAGGAGAGACCACUUAAUAAAUGUAUCGAUCAAAUCAAUCUGAAAAGUGUCACUGACAAAAGGAAUAAUGAAAACCGAGAGUCUGAAAAGAAAGGACAGAAAGCAAGUACCUUUCAAAUAAAUGGAAAAGAUAAUAAACCUAAAGUAUAUUUGAAAGGUGAAUGCUUAAAAGACAUUUCUGAGAGUAAAGUAGGAAGUUGUGACGUUGAACCAAAGGUUAAUAAUAUAAAUAAGAUAAUUCCUGAAAAUGAUAUUAAGUCUUUGACUGUUAAAGAAUCUGCUAUAAAGCCAUUCAUGAAUGGUGAUGUCAUCAUGGAAGAUUUUAAUGAAAAAAACAACUUGGAAACAAAAUCAUGUUUACUGAGGUCUUCGGAUACUGAAGGCGACUACCAAGAUCACCUAGAGACCCUGCCAUCAACCAAAGAGUCUGAGGGUACCCAAGCUACCACGCCUCUGCCAUCUUGUCCAGAAAGCAGUUCAGCCAAUCAGGUAGAAGACAUGGAAAUUGAAACCUGCGAAGUUAAGAAAGUUACUUCGUCUCCUGUUACUUCUGGAGAGGAGUCUCACUUCAGUAAUGAUUUUAUUGAUGAAAAUGGCCCGCCCACCAACAAAGAUGAAAAUGUCAAUGGAGAAUCUAAAAGAAAAACAGUCAUCACAGAAGUCACCACCAUGACGUCCACAGUGGCCACAGAAUCAAAAACCGUAAUUAAGGUAGCAAAAGUUGAUAAGCAGACUGUGGUCUCUUCCACAGAAAAUUGUGCCAAGUCCACUGUCACAACCACCACUACAACGGUAACAAAGCUUUCCACGCCCUCCACAGGCAGCAGUGUGGACAUAAUCUCUGUGAAGGAGCAGAGCAAAACUGUGGUCACCACGACAGUGACAGACUCACUGACCACCGCAGGAGGCACUCUGGUAACAUCUAUGACCGUGAGCAAAGAAUAUUCCACAAGAGACAAAGUGAAACUCAUGAAGUUUUCAAGACCCAAGAAGACUCGUUCAGGUACAGCUCUGCCAUCGUACAGAAAGUUUAUCACCAAGAGCAGCAAGAAGAGCAUAUUUGUUUUGCCCAAUGAUGACCUAAAAAAAUUGGCCAGAAAAGGAGGAAUCCGAGAAGUCCCUUAUUUUAAUUACAAUGCAAAACCUGCCUUGGAUAUAUGGCCAUAUCCUUCUCCUAGACCAACCUUUGGUAUCACCUGGAGGUAUAGACUUCAGACUGUGAAGUCCUUAGCUGGAGUGAGUCUUAUGUUGCGGUUACUGUGGGCAAGUCUGAGAUGGGAUGACAUGGCAGCCAAGGCUCCUCCAGGAGGAGGGACUACACGGACGGAAACAUCUGAAACUGAAAUCACAACAACAGAAAUAAUUAAGAGGCGAGAUGUUGGUCCUUAUGGCAUUCGAUCUGAAUAUUGUAUCAGGAAAAUCAUCUGCCCCAUUGGAGUUCCAGAAGCACCAAAAGAAACACCUACGCCUCAGAGGAAAGGCCUUCGAUCGAGUGCAUUGCGGCCAAAGAGACCAGAAACGCCCAAGCAAACUGGCCCUGUUAUUAUUGAAACCUGGGUAGCAGAGGAAGAGUUGGAAUUAUGGGAGAUCAGGGCGUUUGCUGAGAGAGUGGAGAAAGAAAAGGCACAAGCAGUUGAGCAACAGGCUAAGGUUAGUGAACAGAAGAAGGCAGAGGACUUCCAGGCCCAAAUGGAGGCUCACCUCAAACAGCAGCGAUUGGCUGCCCAGCAGAAACGAUUGGAACAGCAGAAGCCUACAGUAAUUGCAGCUUCCACCACUUCCCCAACAAACAGUACAACUAGUACCAUCUCUCCAGCACAGAAAGUUAUGGUGGCCCCCAUAAGUGGCUCAGUUACAGCUGGCACUAAAAUGGUACUAACUACUAAAGUUGGAUCUCCAGCUACAGUAACAUUCCAGCAGAACAAGAACUUUCAUCAGACCUUUGCUACCUGGGUUAAGCAAGGCCAGUCAAAUUCAGCCACCAGCACAGCUGCCACAUCUGCUACAACCAUUGCCAGCACAGGUCAGACGUUCCAAAUUACAGGCAAUCCAGUCACUAUGGCAGGAAAAGUAAUUACCAAACUGCCACUUCCUGCAAACAGCAAGAUUGUCGCUGUAAAUGUGCCAGCAACGCAAGGAGGCGUUGUUCAAGUACAGCAGAAAGUCCUGGGUAUCAUUCCAUCCAGUACAGGUACAAGUCAGCAAACCUUUACUUCAUUCCAGCCCAGGACAGCAACAGUCACAAUUAGGCCCAAUACCUCAAGCUCUGGAGGAACUACAAGCACUUCCCAAGUAAUCACAGGGCCUCAGAUCCGCCCUGGUAUGACGGUGAUUAGAACACCACUCCAACAGUCAACACUAGGAAAGGCAAUUAUUCGAACACCUGUGAUGGUACAGCCAGGUACUCCUCAACAGGUGGUGACGCAGAUCAUCAGAGGGCAGCCUGUUUCCACUGCGAUCUCUGCCCCUAGUACAGUUUCCUCAACACCUGCACAGAAAGGAUUAACUUCAGGAGCACCCACUGCAAGUCUACAGUCUUCAACCUCACAGCCCCCUCGCCCCCAACAAGGACAGGUGAAGCUUACCAUGGCUCAACUCACCCAGUUAACACAGGGCCACGGUGGCAAUCAAGGUUUGACAGUAGUGAUUCAAGGACAAGGCCAAACUACUGGACAAUUGCAGUUGAUACCUCAAGGGGUGACUAUACUUCCCGGUCCAGGACAGCAGCUGAUGCAAGCCGCGAUGCCAAACGGUACCGUGCAGCGGUUCCUCUUCACCCCACUGGCAACAACGGCCACGGCAACCAGCACCACCACCACCACUGUUUCCACUACAGCAGCAGGUACAAGUGAACAAAGACAGAGUAAAUUAUCGCCCCUGACACAGGUGCAGCCAGCCAAGAGCCUGUCUCCAGCUCAGCCGUCGAGCGUGAGUCCUGCAGAAGCCCAGCCUCAGACUGCUCAGCCCGCACAGCCUUCAACUCAGCCCCAGCCCCCAACCCAACCCCCGUCCCCAGCUCAGCCUGAAGCCCAGACCCAAGCAACUGCUGCCUCCCACGUCCCUCCUGAAGCACAGCCCACCCAAGCUCAGUCCUCCAAACCCCAAGGUGCAGGACAGUGUCAGCCUCAGAGUAAUGUCCAAGGACAGUCUCCUGCUCGCGUCCAGAGUCCGCCACAGACUCGAAUGCAUCCAUCAGCUCCAUCCCAAGUGUCUCCUGGACAGCAGUCCCAGGGUCAGACUACAGCCUCACAGCCGAUUCCAAUUCAGCCACACACAUCUCUUCAGCCACCUUCCCAGGGCCAGCCACAGUCACAACCCCAGGUACAGUCUUCAACUCAAACUCUUUCAUCAGGACAAACGUUAAGCCAAGUUACUGUUUCGUCCCCGUCCCGCCCUCCGCUCCAAGUACAGCAGCCUCAGCCCCAAGUCCUGGCUGUGCCGCAGCUGCAGCAAGUCCAGGUUCUCUCCCAGAUCCAGUCGCAGGUUGUGGCUCAGAUACAGGCUCAGCAAGGUGGUGUGCCCCAGCAGAUCAAACUCCAGUUACCCGUUCAGAUGCAGCAAAGCAGCCCUGUGCAGACUCACCAGACUCAGAAUGUGGUCACAGUACAGGCAGCCAGUGUGCAAGAGCAGUUGCAAAGGGUUCAGCAACUCAGGGACCAGCAGCAAAAGAAGAAGCAGCAGCAGAUAGAGAUUAAGCGGGAACACACCCUCCAAGCUUCUAAUCAAAGUGAAAUCAUUCAGAAACAGGUGGUGAUGAAGCAUAAUGCUGUAAUAGAACAUUUAAAACAGAAAAAGACCAUGACUCCAGCUGAAAGAGAAGAGAAUCAAAGGAUGAUUGUCUGUAACCAGGUGAUGAAGUAUAUUUUGGAUAAGAUAGAUAAAGAAGAAAAACAGGCAGCAAAAAAACGGAAGCGAGAGGAGAGCGUGGAACAGAAACGUAGCAAACAGAACGCCAGCAAGCUCUCUGCACUGCUGUUCAAGCACAAAGAGCAGCUCAAAGCCGAAAUACUGAAAAAGAGAGCGCUGCUGGACAAAGAUCUACAAAUUGAAGUGCAGGAAGAGCUCAAGAGGGACCUGAAAAUUAAGAAGGAAAAAGACAUGGUGCAGGCCACAGCUGUUGCUGCAACCUCCCCCGCCGCACCACCGGCACCUCCAGCCCCUCCGCCUUCCCCGCCACCUCCGCCCCAGCCGCAGCACUCGGGCCCCCUAGCCACGGCCACGGCCACGGCCACGCUGCCUGUGGCUUCCCAGAAGAGGAAGCGAGAAGAGGAAAGAGACUCAAGCUCCAAGUCAAAGAAGAAGAAAAUGAUCUCUACUACCUCAAAGGAAACGAAGAAGGACACAAAGCUUUACUGUAUUUGUAAAACGCCUUACGAUGAAUCUAAGUUCUAUAUUGGCUGUGAUCUUUGUACUAACUGGUAUCAUGGAGAAUGUGUUGGCAUCACAGAAAAGGAGGCUAAGAAAAUGGAUGUGUACAUCUGUAAUGAUUGUAAACGGGCACAAGAGGGCAACAGUGAGGAAUUGUACUGUAUCUGCAGAACACCUUAUGAUGAGUCACAAUUUUAUAUUGGCUGUGAUCGGUGUCAGAAUUGGUACCACGGGCGCUGCGUUGGCAUCUUGCAAAGUGAGGCAGAACUCAUUGACGAGUAUGUCUGUCCACAGUGCCAGUCAACAGAGGAUGCCAUGACAGUGCUCACGCCGCUAACAGAGAAAGAUUAUGAGGGUUUGAAGAGGGUGCUGCGUUCUUUACAGGCCCAUAAGAUGGCCUGGCCUUUCCUUGAACCAGUGGAUCCUAAUGAUGCACCAGAUUAUUACGGUGUUAUUAAGGAACCUAUGGACCUUGCCACCAUGGAAGAAAGAGUACAAAGAAGAUAUUAUGAAAAGCUGACGGAAUUUGUAGCAGAUAUGACCAAAAUUUUUGAUAAUUGUCGUUACUACAAUCCAAGUGACUCCCCUUUUUACCAGUGUGCAGAAGUUCUUGAAUCAUUCUUUGUACAGAAAUUGAAAGGAUUCAAGGCUAGCAGGUCUCAUAACAACAAACUGCAGUCUACAGCUUCUUAAAGUUCAGCGUGUUAACCUAACAUAAAACACAGCAAGAAUCUGGUUGUCUGAACUGUUUUAAAUUAAGGAGCCAGAUGUUUUUAGUCAGGUUAUCCUGACAAGACUUGACCUAAACUUCGUUUUUAUUGGUCAUAACAGUCCAAUUAUAUUCUUGGCCAAUUUUGUCCAACGGACAAGGGAAAAGCAAAGUCAACGACACCAUUAUCUUGUCAAGAUCAAAUGGUUUUACUAUUGUGGCAGAAGCGGGAAAACUUUGUUUAUUGAAGAAAAAAAAAAAAGAAAGAAAGAAAGAAAAAAUGAUAAUAUGGGGUCAAGUGUAACUCCAUGGAAAUGCCACGUCUGCUCUUCAGUGAAGAAGCUGGUUUAGAGUCUCACAGAAAACUUUCGACUGUAUUUAUUUAUUGUUGCAAAAAAGACGCUUUUUUAUUGCUGCCCUCAUUUGUCAGCUAAUUAUUUUUUCUUAUAAAAUCCAGCCCCGGUUACAUGUAAUCCAUUCUGUAUCUUAUCAUGAUUCCUGUAGGUAAAAGUACAAGACGACCUCUAGAUGUCUUUUCUUUCUAUGAAAGGAGCUGCUAUGUACACAUGUGCACACACACACAACUGGGAAUCAACAAUGAGUUUAUUGUUCAUAGUAGAUAAAAAUUAAGCUUGCAUAAAGGUUGGGCUAAGUGGUCCUGGACUACAGACUCUGUUGCCUUGAAUAUAACAGUACAAUUUGUCAUUUACUCUGCACCAGGUUAAAAUGAGUAAAAUCUAUUUGAAGGUAUCUUGUUUGUAAACAUUUGUCAGAUUCUAAUUUUUUUUCUUUUUGUAUUAAAAUUCAACUAUGGAUGUAUAUGAAACAAAAUAAAUGGAGAUAAUUUUUCUCCCACA